AUGAAGAUAAGCGUCGCAGUCGUCCUUGCGUUGGUCGCUCCCCUGUGCUUCGCGGCUCCCCAGGGGUACAGCUACGGUCUGCCGAGCCCCGCCCCCGCCCCCGCCCCCACAACCCCAGCGCCCACGCCCUACAGCUUCGCCUAUGACGUCAAUGCCGUCGAUGCCCAGAACCGCCCAUUGCAGUACGGACACCAGGAGAUCAGCCCAGGCACCGGAGUCACGAGUGGCAGAUAUCACAUCCUGCUGCCGGACACUCGCGUUAUGACGGUCGACUACACGGUCAACAGCACAGGUUUCUACCCGACGUACACGUUCCUGGGCGAGGCAGUGGUCCCUCAGCAACACGCAGGAGGCCAGGCAGCACACUCCGGGGCUUCUCAGGUCUCUACAUCUUCCGGGGGCCAGACGUCACUAUCAUCUGCCUCACAGACUUCUUCCGGAGGUCAAGUAUCACAUUCUUCUAUCCCCCAGACGUUUGCUUCUUCCGGAGGUCAUGCUGCACCCUCUUCCGGUGGUCAGGUAGUACAUUCUUCGUCCCCACAGACAUUUGCUCCUUCUGGAGGUCAUGUCGCACCAUCUACUUCCCACAUUUCUGUGCCUUCCGGAGGUCAAGUGACACAUACCUCAGUCCCUCAAACAUUUGCUCCUUCUGGGGGUCAGGUCGCACCAUCUUCGGCGCCAUCUGGUGGGCAGGUGACACAUCAGACCUUUGCUCCUUCUGGUGGUCAGGUGACGCAUCAGACCUUUGCUCCUUCUGGAGGUCACGUCGCACCAUCUUCCGCGCCAUCUGGUGGUCAGGUGACGCAUCAGACCUUUGCUCCUUCUGGGGGUCAGGUCGCACCCUCUUCUGCUUCUCACACUUCUGCGCCUUUCGGAGGUCAGAACACACUCUCAUCUGCCUCACAAACGCCUUCCGGAGGCCAGGGCGCCGUCGCCACCCCGACUCAGCUCUAUUCCGCUCCGUCAGGAAGUCACUUGGGGUCCACAGCCUCGGCGUCUUCCGGCCUGAGUGCUCCUGCGAGCGGAGGAAGCCAGGUUGCCUCGACCGGACAAGGUUCGGGCAGCGUGACAACAGCUGCAGUCAUUCCCAUUCCCUUUGACACCCACGCCUCUCUCGCCAGCCAGGUAGCCUCUGCAGCAGCUGCCACCCCUUCUGGAGCAGGCGGCCAGUCAAGCCUUGCAGCCCCUCAGCAGCAGACUUCGGUUGCUCCUGGAUCUACUCAGCAGCAGACUGCAGUUUCCCUUGCAACUCCUCAGCAGCAGACUUCGGUUGCAUCUAACCAGGUCUCCGCCGGUCCCCUCGGCACCCAGGCGGCCAUCGUCUUCCCGCAGCAGCUCUCCUCGCUGCCCCUCCAGGUCGCCCCCGCCGCCACCACGGGGAGCCAGGGCGCCAUCUUGCUCCCUGCGCCCGUCAGUUCCGGUCUCCAGAGCCAGACCUUCCCGGCGGGGCUGCAGACGGCCUUCCUCAUCCCCCAGCAGCACCUCCACCAGCUGUUCCCUACAACCACAGGGGGCCAGGGGACCGUCGUUCUCCCACAGGGGUCUGUUCAACUCCCCCAGACUAUCACCCUGGGGCCUGGCCAGCUCUCUCAAUUUCUCCCCCAGGGAUCCGGACAAGCUCCUCAGACGCACGCCUCAGUUCAGGUGGGAGUGAAUCCCCAGGGCCAUUCCUCAGGACCCACAGGUGGCCACACGUCCCCGGGAUCUUCCUCCUCCCAGGGCCAUUCGUCCCUGUCACAAGGAUCGGCAGGGCCAGUCACCAGCCAAAUCAGCGUCGCCAGACCAAGCGGACUUUAUUCGACCCCUCUCUAA